GAGGAAUAAAUCUAAAACUCCGCAAAACCACAACGAAAGAAACCCAUUUUCAAAUUUUUUUUCUAUUGCAAAAUUUUCUGCUUUUUGUUUUGUCUGGAACUGAAACCAUGGGAGGGAUAUCGGGGUUUCUUAUGAAGUUUCCCUCAUUGAUCCACUUUUUGUUGUCUCUCCUGGAGAAAAUCCCUGCGAGAUUGCCUAUGCCAAUUGAGAAAUUGGUUUCUCGUGUUUCAUAUCCUCGCACCGGCAGGCACUUGCAGCGCUAUAAUAACAGAGGCUUCCGCUUAGUUGUUGGGUGCAUUCCCUACAGGUACAGGGAAAGCGAAGAUGGCAAGUCAAUUGAGGAAGCGAUUGAAGUUCUUGUAAUAAAUGCACAAAAUGGGAAAGGGAUAUUAUUCCCCAAAGGGGGUUGGGAGAAAGAUGAAUCCAUGGAAGAAGCAGCCAUUAGAGAGACGGUUGAGGAAGCCGGUGUAGUUGGCGUCAUCGAAUGUAAAUUAGGUAAAUGGUGUUAUAAGAGCAAAAGGCAAAGUAUAUACCAUGAAGGCCACAUGUUUGGUCUGCUUGUGAAGCAAGAGUUAGAUGGAUGGCCUGAGAAAAACAUCCGAAAACGGGAAUGGGUGACAGUGUCGAAAGCUAGAGAAGAAUGCCCGCAUUUGUGGAUGAUAGAAGCCUUAGAAGAGUUGGUUUGGCGACAAACGCAGGCAGGUGCGGCCCAAGGAGGAAGUAAAUGAAGUAGCAACUAUGGAGUUUUGUUGUUUGAAUUUGUAGGGUUAGGAAAAUAGAUCAUUGUAAUUAAGAAGACAUCAAAACGUUAGAUUUCCAAACAUUUGUUGGUUUUGUUCUGGUAUUCAUUUCAGUAGGUAGAAAAUUUUUUCAUUCAUUCAUUCAUUUGAUUUGGGGUUUGAAUCCAUACAAAAAGUAUGAUUCACAUCAGAAUUUAACCUCUGAUCAUCUAACUCUGGUUGGAGUUUGGUUAGGCCACGUGUUAUUGAUAAGGACAUAGAUUGAGCAACUGGCUUCACAAGUUGUCCUCGGUUCAGGAUUCAGCCACGUAGCCUUAUUCCAUUCAUUCCCCUGUAAUUUCUCCCAAUUUAUCAUACACUUUAUAUUUUGUGUAUGUGAGUCGUGUUAUUAAUGAUUUCUAUUAGGAAUAAUGUUAUAUUUAGUCCUCUAAUUUUAUAUAAAAAAUUCAUUUUAAUUUUUCAUUUAA